AUGCCUUCCAUUGUCGAUUCACACGAAGCUGCUAACGGUACAUCAAUUGGAGUUUCCAAUGGCCACACCAAUGGCGGCUUCAACGCCCAUUCCAAUAAAACCGAGGAGCCAACCCGACCGGAUCGGACCCCCAAUGGUGUAACUUCCUGUCAGAGCAAAACUCCAUACUCUGCAGCAAUUGCCAUAAUAGGUGUUUCUGGAAGAUUCCCUGGCGAUGGUACAACGCCGCGAAAACUUUGGGAUCUGCUUCGGGAUGGGAAAAAUGCUCUAGGCGAAGUGCCAGAAUCCCGGUUCAAUGCAAAAGGGUUUUAUCACCCAGAUGGCGGAAGAGCAGGGUCCAUGAACACUCAAGGAGGUUAUUUCCUGAAACAGGACGUCGAUAGGUUCGACGCCGGGUUCUUUUCCAUCACCCCAGAAGAGGCAAAAGGCAUGGAUCCGGUCCAACGGAUUCUUCUGGAACUAGCAUACGAAGGUCUUGAAAAUGCUGGUUUGAAGAUGGAUCAUAUAGCAGACCAGAACAUGUCCUGUUUCGUGGGAGCAUGCCAGCACGACUACUGGGACAUGCAAGCAUAUGACAUGGAUAGUAGCCCAAAAUACACCGCCACUGGUACAGGGCCAGCAUUGCUCUCAAAUCGAAUUUCAUGGUUCUUCAACCUGAAGGGUCCAAGUGUCACGAUUGACACAGCUUGUUCAUCCUCAAUGACUGCACUUCAUCUCGCAAGUCAGAGCAUCCGCAAUGGCGAGUGCGACUCGGCAUUGGUUGGAAGUCUAGGGUUGCAUCUACUUCCGAACUUCGGUGUUUUCAUGUCCUCCAUGUCAUUCCUUAGUCCAGACAAUAAAUGCCACUCCUUUGAUGCCCAAGCAAAUGGGUAUGCACGGGCAGAAGGAGGUGGCUUUAUUGUGUUGAAGCGACUCGAUAAGGCUAUCCAAGAUGGCGAUACCGUCCGCGCCGUUAUCAGAGCAACAGGGAUCAACCAAGACGGUAGAACUAUGGGAAUCACGCAGCCCUCGGCUCAGCGACAAGAGGAAUUGAUUCGGUCAACAUAUGCUUCAGCUAGCCUGAAGUUUGAUGAUACCAACUAUUUCGAGGCGCAUGGCACUGGCACGAAGGUGGGUGAUCCCAUCGAAUGCUCGGUCAUUGGCUCCGUCUUUGGUCCAACGAGGCAGCAUCCCAUCCUCGUCGGCUCAGUAAAAUCCAAUAUAGGGCAUCUCGAAGGGGCGAGCGGGAUUGCCAGCAUUAUAAAGACUAUCUACAGUCUUGAGAGCGGCUUGAUCCCACCAACUCAUGGUUUACAAAAGGUGAACCCCAAGAUUCGCCUGCAGGACUGGAGGAUCGACAUUCCAACACAAACCACCAAUUGGCCUCUUGGGCUUAGGAGAGCGAGUAUAAACAGCUUCGGCUAUGGUGGGGCAAAUGCACACUGUGUACUUGAUGAUGCUUAUCACUUCUUCAAGAACCACGGACUUGCCGGCCAUCAUAACACCAGGGUUGAAGAGGACUUGACACUAAAUGGAUCCCACAAUGAGCUCACUAGUGUCCAGAAUGGUAUACCUAGAGCUAUUACGUUGGGCCAGGCAGCUAACGGCAGAGGCAGUCCAACACGGAUGUUCACUCUUUCAUCUCAUGAGCAGUCGGGUGUUGUUCGCCUUUGCCAAAGACUCCAGAGCUAUCUCGACGAUGUGGAAGGAAAGGUCGACAAUGAGGAGAUAUUCCUGCAUCGUCUGGCGUACACCCUAUCAGAGAAACGAUCGACUCUAUCCUGGAAAACAUACUGCCUGGCCUCGAGUAUGGAAGAUCUACGACAGGCUCUCUCUGCUGCGUCAAGAAGGGUUACACGAGCUUCGAAACAGCAUGCACUUACUUUUAUUUUUACUGGCCAGGGUGCCCAAUGGUUUGCAAUGGGACGAUAUCUAUCCCGAUACACGAUCUUCCAACAAUCCUUGAAUGCGUCAAACGCGUAUCUGAAAUCAUUUGGGAGUUCCUGGGAUCUGAUCGAAGAGUUGAAUCGCAGCGCCGACACAUCGAGAAUUGACAUCCCUGAGAUCAGUCAACCAGCUUGUACCGCCUUGCAACUCGCAAUAGUCGACCUUUUAACCUCAUUUAACAUACGCCCCAAGGUAGUCAUUGGUCACUCGAGUGGAGAGAUUGCAGCAGCCUAUGCGAAGGGCUCUUUGGACAAACAAGCUGCAAUGAAAGCUUCUUAUUUUAGGGGCCUUCUAACGAGCGGGAUCCCGAAAACAGGCUCAAUGGCCGCCGUUGGUUUGGACCCCGAACUUGCCAAACAAUACAUUACCCGAACAACCAUGGGAAAGGUUGUGGUAGCUUGUAUCAAUAGUCCCUCCAAUGUCACACUAUCGGGCGAUACGGAGGGUAUAGAUGAGGUCACAAAACUUAUACAAGCGGACGGAAUCUUUGCAAGAAAGCUUCGGGUAUCAACAGCAUAUCACUCCCAUCACAUGGAGGCAAUUGCAGAAGAGUAUCUUCGCUCGUUGGAAGAUAGUUGCCAGGCUAAGGAUGGCCUCCCGGAAGUUGUCAUGUACUCUUCAGUCACGGCCAAAGUAAUCGAGGGCAGUCAACUCGGUGCUGCAUACUGGGUAGCGAACUUGAUAAAGCCCGUCAACUUUUCUGGAGCCGUAACAGCAGCAAUGCAGACGGGAGCUUUAGGAAAACGAAAUAUCUCAGCCAAGAAGGGAAAUUCAGGCGUGAUGAUUGAGAUAGGCCCGCACGCUGCACUCCAGGGUCCUCUGAAACAGAUUAUGGGCAGCCUCGGUGCACAGGACUCCAGCUAUCGGUACUUGUCAGUAAUCAAACGUGGCGAGGACUCUGUCCAAACAUGUUUAGAGGUAGUUGGGGAAUUGCAGGUUCUUGGUCACGAGGUGAACCUUUCGCUGGCAAAUGGUUACCAAGAUACUGAGGUCGUCAUGUCUGCACUAACGGAUCUCCCUCCAUACGCGUGGAAUACAUCGAACAGCUUCUGGCAUGAAUCGGCUGCGCUCGCUGCGUACAAGAAAAGAGACCAUCCUAGGCUUGAGUUGCUAGGAGCAAGAGAUGAACGGUCAACCGAGUCUGAACCUUGCUGGCGUAACUAUUUACGGAUCUCGGAACAGCCGUGGAUUGAACAUCACCAGUUCCAAGGCACGAACAUCUAUCCCAUGGCUGGCAUGAUUGUCAUGGCAAUAGAGGCAAUGCGUCAAACUGAGACGCGACAGGAUGUUUCGGGCUAUCACAUACGUGAUGUCAAUAUUCGCAGUGCAGUAGUCGUGCCCAACGAUCAGACGGUUGAAACAAGAUUACAACUUUCGCCAUGGCGCACUGGAUGCCAUACAAUAACAUCGCAUUGGACCGAAUUUCAAGUAUCCAGUCGUAACGAGAGCGGUGCUUGGACGAUCAACUGUACAGGACUGAUUGCAAACUCGUACCGGGAGGAAGUGAACGCAGGCUUUGUCGACGAGGAGAGCGAGAGAAGAUCGCAACUCAAAGGACUAUACGACAGCAUCGUACAAGCUGACUUACCAACGCUUGAUUCUGCUGCCUUCUAUACCCAGAUGGAUAAGUCAGGUUUCAGUUUAGGGCCAGCAUUCAGAGGUGCCAAGAGGCUCAACAUACUCAACUCAAGUUCCCAUUUUACCAUGGAGGUUCCAGAUACACGAAAAUGGACACCCAGCAAGUUCCAACCACCUCACUUAAUCCAUCCUGCAGUUUUGGAUGUCUUCGUACACCUCUUGAUUUCUAGCACGGGAUAUGGGGACACAAUUAAAGCAAGAGUCCCUGUUUCCACUGCAUCGUUAUACGUUUCGGCAGACUUCGACUCCUCCGAAGGGACCGAGUAUUUCGGAUACAGCUCCUCCAGAAAUCAUGGCCAAUUCAACAUGAUGAGUGAUGUUGUAGCAUUUGGUAAUGACCUAGCCAAACCGAUGAUCAUCCUCCAGGGAUGCCAGACCGUACCUCUUCGUGGUGCGGCAACAGAUAGCAAAACCGAGAGUAAAGCUUCAAGCUUGAGCCGGGGACAUUCUCUCGGGCACGUCCCUUGUAUCCCGAUCAUGGCGCCUGACGUGGAGUUGGCAGAUGCUUCCCAGCUGGAAACACUCCUACGAGGCCCGGUCUCAACGCUACACGGAGAGAGUUCAUUGAUUAGCAAUGAAUUAUCGAAUUUGACUGAAUCUACCGAUAGUGACAUCGAGCAAGGGCAAGAAAAGACGUCUUCGCCCGACAAUGGCGCAGGUAUACCGCAGUCUGUUAAUCCAUUUCUGGAACGCUACGUGGCCUUAUUCGCACAUAAACACCCGGGUUUGGAUAUCCUUGAAUACAAUACUUCGACUGAAGGCCUGCUUGCGAACUUCUUGGCAUCCUUGCCGGUGGAAGCUAAGACAACCAAAUACGUGGGCUCUUACGUUCUCGUCAACCCAUUGGAGGAUAUGAAUAGCAUUGACUCUGUCCAACAGAAGAGUUCCAAUAUUCAUUCGCAUGGGUUUGUCGAGGGUUCGUACGACAUCGUGGUCUGGGACAAAAGUGUUGAACAUGGCGAUGACGGGAUUGAUUUGGAGCAUUGGAGAAAGCUCUUGAAACCCUGGGGAGUUUUGUUGGUAGUCGGGAUCUUGGGUAACUACACCGACGUAAUUUCCACUUACCACCCGUAUGAGACCAAAGAGCCAAAAGAGUCUCCCCGUGGCAAUGGCAUUGAUCAAAUGCUCCAAUCUGCAGGUUUCACGACGAAUAUCAACAUUUCGGACUCAUCCAGAGCAGCUGACUCGCCGUCAACCUUCAUUGUUGCACAACAGACGUCAAUCGUGGAACCUCCAGUCCGACAGGUCUUGAUAGCGACUCCGCAAAUACAAUCGCAAGAGCUGAGUGACUUGAUUACCCAAGUAGAGCAAACGUUGAGGAGCCUGAGCUACGAUGUUUUCACGGCGUCCUUAUCCGACAUGCCCGAACAGCCAUCACCGUACCUAUGCCUUGCGAUGCUCGAUUUCGAUGCAUCGUUUCUCGAAACUCUCAACGAGGACUUGUUUUCAAAAAUGCGUUCCUUGCUUCUCAAUGCGACAGGAACAUUGUGGCUGACUGUGGACGGGGUUUUUGAUGCCCACCACAAAUCCGGUCUUGCCGAUGGGCUUGGAAGGACCAUUAGAGCCGAGCACCCAGAAUUAUCUUUCGCCACACUUGGACUUGAUCCAAGAGCACCUCUUAUGACAGACUCGAAUAUGAGCAUCAUCGGCCGAAUCAUGGGAACACUCUCCCGUAAGAGUCUGGAGGAGUCGAUGGACUCAGAAUAUAUCUCUCGGGAAGGCAUUAUUUUCGUGGAACGUCUAGUUCCCCACCCAGAGCUCAAGACUCUGUUGGACUCGUCAAGAUCUGAAAGUCGUCUCCCAGCUGUCGAUAUUCCACUUCGGCGGGCUGGGAGAGAUCUCCAACUCUGCAUCCGAGAUGCUGGGUUACUGGACACCCUGGAGUAUGUCGGCGAAACGAACAUGUCCGGAACCUUAGCGGAUGAUCAUAUUGAGAUAGAGGUCAAAGCAGUGGGGUUGAAUUUCCGAGAUGUGAUGGUGGCUAUGGGCCAAAUGGAGGACUCGACUCUCGGCAUCGAAUGCGCCGGGGUGGUUUCUCAGGUCGGCGAUCGUGUUCGGAAAUUUAAGAUCGGCGACCGUGUCUUUGGCAUGCAUGCUGGCUGUUUCCAGACACGCAUACGAGCUGCGGGUGGAGUAGGGCAGGCUGCAAUCAAGCUUGCUCGUUACCUCGGAGCGGAUAUCUUCGCGACCGUCUCAUCCGAGAAGAAGAAGAAAUUCCUCAUGGAUGAGUAUGGGAUAGAUGAAACGCAUGUAUUCAACAGCCGUGACCAUUCCUUCGCCCAAGGUAUCCUACGUAUGACGGGCCAGACGGGUGUUGACGUUGUGCUCAACUCGUUGGCGGGAGAAGCGCUUCGAAAGACGUGGUUAUGUGUUGCACCUUUCGGUCGAUUUAUCGAGCUUGGAAAACGUGAUAUUUUGGAUAACACAGGCCUCGAGAUGCGGCCUUUUCUGCGGAAUAUUAACUUCGCUGGCCUUGAUAUUCUCGCACAAGUCACACAAUACCCAGACCGCUUCGAAAAGAUAGGAAAUCAGGUCGUUGAACUUACGCGGAAAGGUGCAAUAGCCCCUUUUAGGAACCUUUCCAUCUGUUCAUUUGGGGAUGCGGAAAAGGCCUUUCGGCUGAUGCAAAGUGGGAGCCACAUUGGCAAAAUUGUCCUGUGUCCAGGGCCUGAUGACAUAAUUCCGGUGGUUCCUGAAGGCCUUGAAACCUCUCGGCUGCCUGAAGGCAGCACAUACAUCCUUGUUGGUGGUCUUGGAGGUAUCGGCCAAUCCAUAUCAAGAAUGCUGUCAGGGAUGGGAGCCAGGAAUCUGGUGUUCUUGGCAAGAUCGGGGAGCUCCCGCUCAGAGUCUCAGCUUCUGAUAGAGAGCCUCCAGUCUCAGGGUACCUCUGCAACUACCAUUGCAUGUGAUGUCGCUGACAAGUCACAAUUACUGGCUGCAAUCAAUGAGGUGAAGCAACGUUUCCCACCUAUCAAGGGAGUAAUCCACUGUGCAAUGGAUCUGAGAGAUUCCACCUACAGCAACAUGUCGGCUACGGACUGGAAUCUAUCUCUCCGUCCGAAAGUACGGGCAACGCGAAACCUUCAUGAGGUCCUGCCUGCAGACCUGGAAUUCUUCGUUUGCUUGUCAUCAAUCGCAGGCAUCAUUGGAUCGCGAGGCCAGGGUAACUACAAUGCAGGCAAUACGUACCAAGAUGCGCUUAUGAAUCAUCGCGCAGCUGCAGGCUUGGCCGCGACUAGCAUUAAUCUUAGCUUGGUAGUCGGCAUUGGUGUUUCGACCGAGCGAAGUGAAGUUUUUCAACUAUUGAAAGACGGCGGGUUGCUGAGUAUGGACGAGACCGAUGUUCUCAGUAUAGUGAAAGCAGCAGUCUUAGGACGGACUCCCACGCAGGUGGCCAUGGGGCUCUCUACUGGUGGUCAGCUAGAAGAGAUGGGAGCUCCUGAUCCGUACUGGUUUGCGGAUUCCAGAUUUUCUGUUAUCCGUCAAUUAGAUCGGAAGGGUACCACCACCGACGGCACUCGCGGUGGACAAGAUUGGAAAGGAUUGCUCGCGGCGACUACGUCUAAGGAUGAAGUUUACGAACUUGUGCUGGCUCAGCUUCAAGAAGGUGUCGCAAGAAUCAUCAAGAUGGAUGUUGAAAAUAUGGACCCAAGGAAGUCGCUUCCAUCCCUUGGCAUUGACAGUCUUGUGGCUAUCGAGAUACGCACUUGGCUUUUGAAGGAGUUUGAAGCGGAUGUGUCAGUCUUCGACAUUGUAAGUAACGAUCCGAUGACUGGGCUCGUGAAGAAGGUCACUGCAAAGUCUGCCCUGCUUUCAUCAGCUAUUAUUUAA